CCGGUGCCCCCACGCUGCCUCCGGUCCCAGCUCCGCUCCCGGUCCCCCCCCGCCCCCGUCCCGGCUCCGCUCCCGGUCCCGCUCCUGGUCCCGGCUCCGCUCCCGGUCCCCGUCCCGGGGGCCGGAGCCGGGGCCGCAGCGCUGCGUGGGGCCGGGAGAGUGCGCGUGACCCCGGCGUGGGGCCGAGACAGUGCGCGUGACCCCGGCGUGGGGGCUGCAGCCCUUGCGUGGGGCCCGGAUAGCGCGUGCAACACCUGCGUGGGGCUGAGAUGGUGCACGCACCCCCUGCGUGGGGGCUGCAGCCCCUGCGUGGGGCCCGGAUAGCGCGUGCAACACCUGCGUGGGGCUGAGAUG